UCGUGGUGUGAAGACGUGUGGGGGAGAAACGCUCCUUGUAAUUUCACCGAACACAUCGUUAAAAUCGUGAUGUUGAACAGAUGUAUUUAACAUUCAAACACGGAUUUCAGUGUAAUGUGCUUCUUGAAAUGUAACGUGUGAUUUUUAUUGUGACCUAAAGUUAAAGAAAUUUAUAGUGUUGUGUUUCUUGUGGUACCUAUAACACGAUUGGAUACCUAAAGAUCAGGUAUAUCAAAUAAAGCAGACUUCAAAAGGAACCAAACAAGUUAUGUAAGGAAUUAUGGUUUUGGCUGGGUGUUUAAUGACAAUCCGAAACCAUUUAGGGUUGUCAGCGAACUAAAUAUAUGAUUAUUUCGAGAGUCCUGUCUGUGUCUUGAUGACAAACAUUGAACUGAAUACCUUAGUGUUGUGACUGAACAGCAGAAGUGAUAGUGAUGUGCAAGUGCGAAUUUGUGAUUAUCGAUAUCGAUAAAUACCGGUUGUCAGUGCGAUAGUGUUGUGCCGACAUCGACAAUGGAAAGUGCUCGAGUCGCUGUUUGUGUGUUUGGUUGUCUGUUGCUGUAUCGAGUGCAGGCACAGCAAGAAGUGCUGAUAGAAGAGUCAUCGAACAUCGAGUCGUUCCACGCGCCGACAGGGGGCGCUGUGGAGCUGCCGUGUGACGUCACACCAGCGCUGCCUGACGACAGGAUGGGGCUGGUGAUCUGGUACAAGCAGGGUCAUGACACGCCUAUAUACUCGUUGGACACACGGGAAGGCGUGACGUCACACUGGUCUGAUCCCUCCACCCUCGGCCUUAGGGCCAGCUUCCGAAGCGAGACACGACCAGCUGUGCUCAUCCUCACCAAAUUAAGACCGGAAGACAGCGGCCAGUACCGAUGCAGAGUGGACUUCAUCAAGUCCCCGACAAAAAACACCAGGCUUAACCUGACAGUCCUCAUUCCACCAGAGAGGCUGAUAAUCCUCAACCAUGAAGGGAAUGAGAUCACCAACGGAGUCCUAGGACCCUACGACGAAGGUACCGAAGUCAACCUGACCUGCGUGGCGGUUGGUGGUCGACCUACAGCCCGCGUCUCGUGGUGGAAGUCUCACGCUCUCCUGGCCAACUCUGAAGCUCGAGCUACUGUGUCCUUUAGGCUACAUAGAUCUGAUUACGGCACCGAAAUCACAUGUCAGGCUGUAACGGAUCCUUCAAUCACACCGGUCUCAGAGAGCCUCUCCAUUGAAAUCAACCUACAUCCUCUGUGGGUGAAGCUGCAAGGCGGCAAGCGACCUCUGGUGGCCGGACAGAGCACCGAGCUGGUCUGCCAAGCGGUUGGUGCUAGACCCAAGCCCACCAUAUCCUGGUGGAAAGGAGGCACCAGACUCAAGACCGUUAGAGAAACUUUAUCGACGGAUGGCAACGUGACCAACAGCGUGCUGACUUUCGUCCCUGGCAUCGACGACGCGGGCAGAGUCCUGUCGUGUCGCUCUGUGCAACCCACACUGUCCAAUACACCACAAGAGGACGGCUUCAGAAUGGAAAUACAUCAUCUGCCCGUGGUCAAACUACAACUUGGAGCCAACCUGGAUGCCAGCAAAGUGGUGGAGGAUUCCGACGUGUACCUCGACUGCAGGGUGAAAGCAAACCCGUGGCACACACAUGUGUAUUUCUCGCAUAAUGGAGCUGUGGUGAAGCCGGGUCCAGGAGUUCUCCUGGCGAACCAGAGCCUGGUGCUGCAGCACGUGUCGAGGAAAGCCGCAGGCGAAUACGUGUGCACCGCCAGGAAUAGUCUCGGAGAGGCGUCCAGUGAACAACUAGUGUUGGACGUCAAAUAUGCCCCAACAUGUAGAACAUCAACGCCCAUAGUGAUGAGAGCAGCGAGGGGAGAAGUUCUGGAGAUAGAGUGUGACCUGGACGCUAACCCCAAGGAAUCCAUGUCAUACCACUGGUGGUUCAACAGUUCGGCGCACAGCAAACACGAGUUGACCACCUCGCCUGUAACGCAGUCGCAGAAUAUGCCUGGGACUUUCCUGUAUAUGGUGAACAACUCGGCUGAUUACGGCUGGGUCCAGUGUUCGGGCACCAACGCUGUGGGCAGGCAGACCAAGCCGUGUCUAUACCAUAUACUUCCUGCUGACAAGCCAUCAUCCUUAAAAGCCUGCGAGAUCUCCAACGUGACAUACGACUCCUUGACGCUGAACUGCACGCCAGGACACGACGGAGGUAUUAGGCAGGCUUUCCUGCUUCAGGUGUUCGACAUGACAACGGGGCUUCUCCUUCGCAACGUAACGAAUGAAGACCCUGAAUUCGAAGUGUCAGGUCUAAUUGCCAGCAACGCUCUAGCUGUAUCAGUGAGAGCGUUCAACAAGAAGGGGUCCAGUGAACCUCUUACCUUAACUUCUAAUCUCUUGAAAUACCCCCAGAGACACACUGCCCAAGUCCCAGUGAAGGUGGAGCUAACCACAGUCCUGAUCAUAGUUCUGGGCGCGGUCGGGGUCAUAGCGGCCAUGACAGCUGUUUCGGCCAUGGUAUUCUGCUGUAAAUACUGCAACAAAAAAGACAACAAAAAUGAGAAAAACAAAAGACAGCAAGAUGAAACAUCAAACAUACCACUGACUGGCACCAAAGAAUCUGAGAGCGUUGACAGUUUGGAUAAAAACCCAGACAUUAUACCACUAGACGGGAAAAUAAGCGACAGCUGUUCAAAUAAAUCGUCUACGACCGACUACAGCUCAAUCAGACCAUUGAUAUCAAAAACUCCAACAGAAAAAUAUGAUUUUCCACCAAAUUGCGAUAGAUUUUACGAUCACAACAUUGAUCCUUGCAACCAAUACAUCCAAGUGAGAGCAAUGGACUAUAGAGUUCGACCAACGUACCAAGCCAACUUGGCGCCAAUGCCCAACCUUGGGCCAAGUAUACAAAGCUUAGGACCAAUGAGCAGCCUGCAUAUGCCAAAUGUUGGGGCCAAUGAUUGUCAUAGACAACAGUAUGAUAAGGUGUAUGAAGAUUGGCUGAAAUACAAAAAUGCUUUGCCUUUAAAUACUAGUGGAUUGCUACCGGCGGAACAACUAAUGCCACCUGAAUUAUACUCAACACCGCCGGCACCAUCCCUCUACAGCAAUCCAAACAGAAAUCCUCUAAACCUAGCUCAAAUGCCAGAUCUAGAACACAGAUACCACCUGGAACCUAGGUCCUUGGUUAUGGACUCUAGAAGCUGUUCAAACUCGCCGCCAGUGAGAUUCAAUACUGAUAAUAGUGUGUACUUUAACAAAAGUAUGCUUGAGAGGCCAACUAAUACGUUACCCCAUACAAAACCCACAAGGGUGAAUGGAAAUUCAUCAAAUCCAUCUAGUGAAACAAAAAACAGUGCAUCAAAAGCAACAGAGACUAAUUCAGAACAUGUGAAAGCAAGUCAAGAGUGUUAAAGUGUACUGAACAAUGUGUUAGUGCGGAUCAGUCAUUUUGACAUUGACAUUUAAACAAUAUUUGACAUAUACUUAAUAUAGUGAGUGAGAGACAAUUAGAGAGACAUCGUAAUGUCCCGUCCGAUAAAAAACGGAUUAUUUAUUUUUGUUUAGUGAUCAAAAUUCAGAAUUAUUUAUUAGAUGUUAGCUGUAUUUUGUUGAACAGUUUUUGUUUCGCGAACACGUAUUGAACAAUAUGUACGCGUGUGAUAACUAUUUUGAAUAAUUAAUUCGUAUACUCACUGCCAUUCGAUAAAAUAUGUUUUUCCUUAUACAAUAUCAAAAUAAUAUACUAAAUUGUGAAAUACUAGAAACACUAAAAUGUUAUUUAUUGAUAUUUUUAAUAUUCACUGCUAUCGUUCCGAAUAAAAAUGGAAUGCAUACAAGUUUCUGACUUUUGCAUUUUUAUUUUGUUAAAAAGAAUUAAAGCUGAAUUUAUAAUAAAUCCGGGUAAAAAAAAAAACAUUAAAUUUGAGCUCACUGUAUUUUAAUCCAUCUCUCUGAUAAUUUAUGAAUAUUUAUAAGCUGAGUAUAAUCCAAUCAGUUUUAUAUCAUGUUCAUAAAAAUAUAAUAUUGUAUAUACAUGUGAUAAUAUGUAUAUACAAUAUAUAUAGAGAAAGUAAUAAAAAAAAGAAAGGGGAUAUAUAGAGAAAGUAAAAAAUUUUGCUAUAAUCUCAACUAUAUAAAUACGAAAGUAAGUUUGUUUGUUUACUUGUCUUCACGCGUUAUAUACUCAACCAAUCUUCUUAAAAUUUAACAUAAUAUAAUUAAGAGUAUACAUAGUGGUGGACAUAAUGUACUUUUCAUCCCGGAAAAUUAUUGUUUAUUGUAUUGUGUAAAAUAAAUGAAAAAGGCUAAAUAUCAAGAUAUUUUUUAUCAUUAAACAUAAUAAUUCGGAGUAAAACCAAUUACAUAUUUAAAUUCUCAAUUGAUCUAUUUAAUUUGAUUCAAUUUCCAAAUCUUAAAGUAGUCUUUUCUUCUUGUUUUCAAAUAAUAAAAUUAACAGUUUUUUUUUAUAAUUUUUUAGUGUUUCUAGCAGUGACGUUAGUUAAGAGAGUAAAUGUCAAUUUAUCAUUAAGUCGAUGGUUAGUUCUGACGUUGCAUCCAAGUGGAUGUAUAAGACUGAAUUUGUAAUGUAAAAAUUGUGACCCUGUUCAAUCAUAUAGAUAAAAUAUAAAGUUGGGUGUCUGCUAUGCGAUAUUUAAUUGUAAUUUCUUAUUUGAUUGAAAACUUUUUUGUUAUGGGUAAAAAAUGUUAAACUCACCCCGGUCGAAAAUUCGUGAGACGUCAAAAAUGCAUAUUCAAGUUUUCACUUCUCCCGGCUCUCCCGGAGUGCAGCCCUUUUUUUAACGUGACGAAUGAAUAUUUUGUUUGUUCCUUUAAACAAUUUAAAAAUAAUAUUUGCAGAUUUAAGAUUAAUAAUCUUGCGUUGCGCAAACUUUGCGUUAUUGUAUAUAUAUAAUAUAUAAUAAAAAAAUAAUAAAAAAAAAAUCGUGUAAGCAGACAAUGUUUAGUUUUACAUAUAAAUUCGUAUGUUUUCUGUAAAUAUUGUAAAUAUAAUUCGAUAAGUAUGUUAUACAAAGAGUUGCCAUAAUAGUUACAAAAAAAAAUAGCAUAAUGUAUGCAUUAAAAUGUAUAUAUUAUUAUAAUUGUUACUAUGAAAAAUCGAGCUUUUAUGUUAGUAAAAAUGAUGGAAAUUGUUUAAAUAAAUAUAUGUAUGUGCAUUGUCGCCGGCUCUCAAUAUCUUAUGUUAUAAAAUAAAAAUAAAUAUUGUGUAAUUUAAAAUAUUUUUUUUUUUUCAUAAAAUUAUUCAGUUCCAUAAAAUCAUUCAGUUUUGUUGCAUUGAUUUUUUUUUUGUGAUUCAAUUAUAUUUAAUUUUCUAAUUAAUGUAAAUAUAUUCUAGAUUUUGUAUUUUUAUUAUUAUGUACAAAUUUUUGUCUGUAAUAAAACACCAAGAUUAUUUGAGAAACGGGUAAAAACUCUAAGAGAAGAUAAAUGAAUAUGUUAAACAGUAUAUAUAUAUAUAUAUAUAUAUAUAAUAAAUAUAAAUUAUUUGGAUUGUUGAAAAAUUAAUAUUUGGCUUGAAGGUUCGAAAUUUAUGAAUGUAUAAUAAUUAUAAAACUAACAUAAAUUUAUGUGAUAAUGAUUAAAAUACGUUUAACCGUCUAGCUAUGAUAUUGUACCUUUGUACGAUUACUUUGACAAAAUGAUUACAAAAAUAUAUGUCACAAAAUUUUUACUUUGUUUGAAGAUUCCGUAAAUUUAAUUACUAUUUUAUUACAUUUAUUAUAGUAAAAACAUCGAAAAUUUGAAUAGUGUGUGUAAUUUAGAUUCUAUCUCAGUCCAAUAUCAAUGGAUACGAAUAAACAAUAUUUUUAUGUUUGUUUGUUAAAUAAAAUAUGGGAAUGGCAUUUGGGAAAAUACCUAACCAAUUUGUUUAUUUAGGAUUUAUUUUGUGUAUUUGUAACAUAACCUCAAUUUUGUUACGGUGAUUAUUUCCGGUAUUUAUUUUUAAAAUGAAAUAGUGAACAACAUAGCGCAUAAUAAUAAUCCCAAUAAUUUUUGUCGUUUAACAUUUUUGAAAUUCAAGAGUAAAAACGUCUGUCUGCAACCAUGUGGAACGAUGUACAAAAAUAGUAACUUAUAAAGAUAAUAAUUUCUUUGCUUUAUCUUAAUUUUUAUACUUUGACAAAUGUUGCCAUUAUAUCAUCAUCAUAGAACUAAUUGCCUUGACGACUGUACCAUUAUUUUCGUGAAGAACAAAAUUUUUCAUUUUAAUAACAAAGAAAGCGUAAUAUUUUAAGCGAAUAUUAUGUUUCUUGUGUAUAAUGUUCAUUUUCUUUUAAUAAAUGUGAAUUUUUAA